CAUUUUCUCCACAUGGAAAACAGCUGAUCGGGUGAAGAAAAUUGUUAAUCCAAAUAAUUGAAUCAAUUGAUUUUCUUUUAUUUUUAAUUAGUUUUUUUUGUUUCUAUUUGAAUUUUGAUUUUUUCUUUUUUCUCUGUGAUUUUUUUGUUGAUUGUUAACCAUGACUUCGAUCAAUGGAAUGGUCGCUUUUAUAACUGGAGCUGCUUCGGGUCUUGGUAAAGCUACUUUGCAACAUUUCAUCUCGAAAGGAGCUCGAGGUGUUUAUUGUUUCGAUAUGCAAGAUUAUCCCGAUAAGGUGGAAGGUAAUUGUUUCGCUGGUCGUCGAGGUGAUGUUAGGAGUGAGGAGAAUGUGGCUGCUGCUUUGGAAGAAUGUCACAGUAAAUUUGGAAAAAUAGACACAAUAGUUAAUUGUGCUGGUGUUUCAGUUGCUUUUAGGGUGUUUAAUUUUAAGAAAAAUCGGCCUCAUGAAUUGAAAGAUUUUCGUGAUGUCAUGGAAAUCAAUGCAAUGGGAACCUUUAAUGUCAAUCGAUUAGCGGCUGGUUAUUUAUAGAAUACACCUGAUGAAAAGAAUGGACUUAGAGGAUUAAUUAUUAAUACUUCGGGAAAUGCUGCUCUCGAUGGACAAAUUGGACAGACGGCUUAUUCUGCUUCAGCUGGAGCAAUUAACAGCAUGACAUUGCCUUUAGCUCGUGAUUUGGGUGUGGUUGGAAUACGUUGUCUUACAAUUUCCUGUGGAUAUUUUAAAACGCCACUUCUCUCAUAUCUCCCAAGUAACAUUCUUGAAUUUUUAGCUAAUUCUUCCCUUUGUCCCAAAAGAUUAGGAGAACCUGAAGAUUAUGCCAAAUUAGUGGAAGCUAUUAUUCAAAAUCCCUAUUUAAAUGCCACAAUAAUCAAAUUAGACGGUGGAAUGAGAAUGUUAGUCUAAACAAUUAACCAUUAGCGUAACAAAAUUAGUGCUAAAUAGUAAUUUUGUUACUAGAUCAACCAAAAAGUCUCAAUUGUUGAAACUUUUGUCUACUCUCAACAAUAUGACCAAUUUUUUUUGUACAAAAAAAAUGCAUUUCAAACUUAUGUAAAUAUUAACAUUGAAAUUUAGAGUAAAUUAAGUUUCUUUUCACAAAAGCAAAA